AUGAAAGCAACUGCUUCAACCACUCCAUCACCGGAGGCGGCUUUCCAACCGUCUAUAUGGCAUUCACCGGUUCCAUACUUAAUGGGAGGCCUUGCUGCCACAUUGGGUCUCAUUGCUUUUGCUCUUUUGUUUCUUGCUUGCUCUUCUUUCAAUCUUGCUGAUGACAUUAUUGAGAAUGCAACCAACGAAGGUUUAGACCUUGAGGCUGGAGAUUCGAAACCCGACAAAUAUGUAAUGGAUGCUAAUAAAAAUGUUUUUGAAGAAAAGUAUUUAGUCAUAAUGGCGGGAGAGGCGACUCCAACGUAUUUGGCUACACCCGUUUUGACAGAGUCAGCGUUUGUAAACCAGAAACCGUUGGAAAUGGUGGAGGAAAAAGACAAGGAGGGUAGCGUUGGCUGAUUCCUUACAAGGAGAUAAGAUACAUAACAAAUCAAGGGCCAUGAGAUCAACCAUAUAUCUUGAAUGCUGAAUGAUCAGAUUAAGUUUUGCUCAUGAGCAAAACUUAUUCGAUGAUCACCGAUUAUUGGUAAACAUAGAAUGAGGCUAGGAGAUCAUAAGGCAUUAUAGAUUAAAAAAAAAAAAAGAAGUUAUAAAUAAUUAUGUGACGUUUUUGGAUUGUAAAU